AUGUGGACUGUGUUACAAUGGUACAUGACUCGCGAUGCCUUCAUAGGUGGCUUGUGUUUCAAGAUCAUCAAGCCAACGACCAUGUUCAAGGGUGGCAAGCCUUGCAUCUCAGCAGAAGAAGCUGAUGAGCUUCUUUCUUAUGCCGAGGUCGGUUUUCAGCAAGAUCUGAAAGACCGACGCAAACAACCAGCUUUCAUAGCAAUGGCGCAUCACUUUGUGUCGCAUGCGUGGAGGUACAAUUACAACAACUUCUUAGACGCACUUGCCACGUGGGAUGCGCAGAAAGGAUCCGAUGUCACCACGUAUUUCUGGGUCGAUGCAUUUGUAGUCAAUCAGCAUAUUGCUGAUACAUAUCCUAUGGAAUGGUGGUCCACACGAUUUGCACAAGCCGUGGGCGACGUUGGCAGCACGAUCCUUGUGUCCAUGCCAUGGGAGGACCCUGCCCCGCUGAAGCGCGUCUGGGUCAUUUGGGAGAUUUUCUGCGUGCACCAAACUGGAGCCCGGUUUGACAUUGCCAUGCCCAAGAAGGAGCUGGAUGGCUUCAGAGCAGCCUUGAUCACAUCGUUUACCAAAGUGCAGACGGCUCUGAGCAAAGUGGAUGUUGAGCUCAGCAGUGCUUUCCACAAGAGCCAUCAGGACAUGGUUCACGAUGAGAUCAGGCGAACAAUAGGAUUCACGAAGCUCAAUGAGAUGGUUCAGCUGCGGAUGACGCGCUGGCUUAUAGGCAUGGCAACUCGUGAGCUCCAGAGCAUGAAAGAACAUGCCUCCGAAGCAAACUGGAAGGAUCGCAUGGGCCUUCAGGACAACUUGGCCCGCAUGCUUCGAGAAAGCGGAAAUUUUUCUGGCGCUGAAUUCUAUUUCAAGGAGUUGCUGAAGGAAGUUGAAGACAAACAGGGCAAGGAGGAUGCAAUGACGAUGAGUGCCCUCAACCAGCUGGCAGUGACGCUGCAGAAGGCCAACCACAUAGACGAGGCCAUGGAGCGGCACCGUGAUUGCCUGCAGCGCCGUCGACAAGUCCUUGGGGAGAACCACGAGGAGACGCUCCAGAGCGUCUCCAACUUGGCCGUGCUGCUCAGCCUGCGAAGGCCGUUGACUGUUGAGAUUUUCGAUGAAGCACGAUCUCUGUACAGUCUAGCCGUGAAAGGCAGGGAAGCAACGAUUGGCGCGAAAGACCCCAGGACAUUGUACACGCAAAGCAAUUUUGCGCGGUUUCUUUCUGAGGCGCCAGAACCUUCGACCCAACUCUUCGAAGAGUCUGAACAGCUCCAUGCACGUGCAGUUGAAAAUCUUACUGCGGCUUUGCAGCAGGGACAUCCGCUGACGUUGGCAUCUCUUCAUAACCAAGCCUGCUCCUGGAUUGACCGCUGUCUUUUUGAAGAAGGCAGUCUCAAAGGACCUAGAGUUGAUAAAGCCGUGGAACAGCUUCGACUCGUGCACAAGCUUCGAAUUGAGAAGCUUGGCAAGGAACACCCAGACACGCAGCAAACUGAGAAGAAGAUCUCUGAGAUCAGCCACCUGCAGAAACAGAUGGAGAAGGAAGGUGGCAACAAUGCCAACAUGGAGGCAUUCGCCACAUGGCAGGACUUAUUCAAAGCUCACUUCGAAGAAGUGAGCACUGCUGAGCAGUUCAAACAGGUCCGCAGCUACAUGUUUGAUACAGGUGCGGAUUUGGUUUUCGAUGAUCUGCUACAUGCUGGUUUCCUUGAUGAGGACGGCAUGCUGACAACAGGUAUGCAGCCAUAUAAUUUUAUGGCUCGCAUCAUCACAGGCGACACGGUCCAGCGGAAAUGCCAGAUCGAGCAGGAAUACCUGGGUGCACAUAGCAGUCGCUUCAUUAUAGCGCACAACAAGCCGGAGAGCGAAGACAUGUGGUCAAGCUCAGAUCCGAGCUGGCUUGGAAAGGCCAGCAUGUCGAAGAACCACCGGUUCCUAGCAUUCAAAGAUCUGCGAUGGGAAUUUUGCAACAUACUUGCCAUCGGCAUAGACAGUGGUUCGGCGCAUGGCUUGGCGAAACUACAGGAGAUGAAGAACGCUGCAACGCAUUGGGUCAAGCAUGCACCUGGUUGGUCCCCACCAGACAAGACAGCAUUCCUUCUUGCAGUAUGGCCUUUGACUGGAGUUCCCUGCUUGCACCUUCACAUAGUUGACCUCGCCUGCUCAGGCCCCUCAUAUGAAAGGCUCCGUCGUAAACUGCUUCCGCUGGAUGAUGCAAUUAGAGUACUGGAAGAGGAAGUGAAAGAGAGGCCGCGCGAUGCCAGGCCUUAA